ACGUGAUUAUCAAAUGUUGUGAUGUUUUCAUUGAUUUCAUACCAAUUGAUGGCAAUUAUCUGCCAAUCGGUGGUCACUUGACUUGUAUGGUGUGAAUGUGUCGACAGAUCCUAAGAUAUGACACAAUUAAUGAAACACUCGAUGACAUCACUCGCGACCACAGAUGACGACAAUGAAGAUAAGAGACAACAGUCACGAGUCUAUGCGAAGAACUCAAUGGACAGAUUCGGUGAUGAUUUGUGUGCACUUCUGUUGUCUUACUUUCCACUUGAAGACCGAUUCCGUUACGAAUGUGUGUCCAAACAGUUCCAGAGGACACUCUUCGAGAGUGUUGUGGACAUUACUAUUAAUGACACACUUUUAUGUAAAGCCGCGCGAAAUUAUAGAGAAUCUCAAUCUUUGGCCACAAUUGCCAUAAAACAUUAUCAUCACUCGCGCGCACUCCCGAAGACUCACCACUUACUGGUCCAUCGAGUGAUGGACAACACUCGGGAGCCGAUAGUCAUCGAUGGUAUAGAAGUGCACUUCCCGUACAAACCAUACGGUUUACAACUGGAUUACAUGCGGUCUAUGAUUAGGUGCUGUCAACAGAAACAGAAUGGACUGUUGGAGUCGCCGACGGGUACGGGAAAGACGUUAUGCAUACUGUGCUCGUCGUUGGCGUGGAUUCGCUACCAACGACUUCUUCUUCAUAAGCCCACUCCUCGGGACCCGUUUGACGACAUAUUAAGUCAAUUCUUAGACGAGUUGUGGAAUCCAGUGGUGGAAACGGCGACCACUUCGGCGGCCAUUCAACGCUUAGACGAGAUGUGGAAUCCAGUGGUGGAAACGGCGACCACGACUUCGGCGGCCAUUAGUAUCGAGCAAAAGCCAGUCGUGUUUGACACUGAUAUCGUUAAUAUGAAAGAAGAGUGUUUUGACGUUCAGGUGUUUGACAAUCAUUUCGACAAUUCUUUCGAUGAGCAUCUGGUGGUGAAGACAAUAGACGAGACGAAUGAGUCGCUUAUGACCAGUGAUGACGAUUCAAUGAUUACCAACGAUGACAGUAAACCAGAGGUUAUAACUAUUGAAGACAGUCCACCAGAAGUGAGUUCACAAGUUAUAACCAUUGAUGACAGUCCGCCGGAAGUGGUUCCAGAAGUUGAGGCCGAGAUCGGCAGUAAUGAUGGCCGGGAGCCACAGAUUGUGUACACGAGUCGAACGCAUUCCCAGUUAUCGCAAAGUUGUCGCCAAUUGAAACAAACGGAGUAUCGGACGGAACCGGCGGUUGUGAUGGCGUCGCGGGAACAGCUGUGUCUGUGUCCGCAGGUGCAGAGCCAGUCGGGGCCGUCGAUGCAGAGCCAGAUGUGCUCCAAACUGACCAAAAACGACGAAUGCCAAUACUAUCCUAACAUUCAGGGAAAAGUGGACAGAAAUAUUGAGACAUACUAUAAGUCGCGGAACGGCUGCAAAGUGAUGGACAUCGAAGAUCUGGUGGACUUCGGGCGCCGACACGAGUGCUGUCCGUAUUACGCGGCCCGCAAACUGGCCGACAAGGCGUCGGUGCUAUUUAUGCCGUAUAACUAUGUGAUUGAGCCGCGGAUACGACACGCGAUGAAAUUGACCAAAGCGUUGAGAGUGAAGAACUCUGUGAUUGUCUUUGAUGAGGGACAUAAUAUCGAGGACAGGUUCGCGGACGCGAUGUCCACACACAUCAGCGGCCAAACGCUGGACACUUGUAUCAAACAAUUGCAUUCAAUUGGCGAAUGGAUGCAACGGACGCCCGAAGAGAAAGUGAACGAUAGGUUCAAAUGUGACGCCCAAUACAAUAUCAAUCGGGUGCUCGAGUUGUCCUCAAAGCUCUGCGAACUCCAGAAGCUUAUAUUU